GCCGGCUCCGGGGGAGGGGGCACGGGGCAGCCCGCUCCCUGCCCGGGCUGAAUGUAAAGCCGAGAGGCGGCAUUGUUCGGGAGGCUCCUCGCCUAUUGACGGGAGCCGCUGUGUACACGGGCUUCUCAUUCCUUCAUUGUUUGCUUAUGGAAAGUAAGGGGGAGUGACGAGAGGGGUAAAAAAAAAAAAAAAAAAAAGGGAGGAAAGGAGCGGGGAAAAGAGGGAGGCUCCGGCCGCUCCGUGCUAUUAGCCCGGCUGGGAGAGCGCCCGUAGGUGGCAUGUGACACGGGUGAGGCGGGCGGUACAGACGCUCCGUACACACGCGGACCGCAGGGAUGAAGCUCCGGCAGCUGCUGUGCGUCGUGUUCCUGCUCCUGGCCAGCCUGCUGCCUGCCGCCGCGCAGAGACCGGCCAACCUGGCCCUGCGCAGGAAGCUGCACCGACACAGCUGCUCGCACCGGCGGUGCAUGCCGCUCCACUCCCGCGUGCCCUUUCCCUGAGCUCCCGGCCCAGCUAGGCAAGCAAUUUCCUAAUGGGCUUUUCAGUGUCUUAAAGGAGGAAGCUGCAACAACUGCACUGAUAUAGAGAAGCUCAUUCUAAGUACAGCUCGCCAACAACUGACCUGGUGGAGCCAUAACAAUCCUGUUUUGAGGCAGUCCACCUGAAAUGAACACUUUCAGCAGUCCUGUGUAUCACAUUCUGCAUGAACUGGAACAAAGGCCCAUGACUCAUAUCCUAGAAGCAGGGGGAAGGGAGAAACAGGGGAGGUGAUGAGGGGGGAGGUUGUACAUGAAACUGUUGAAGCUUCACUGGCUGAAAUGUACGUUAAUUGAAUCUCACGAUGAUUAGUGAAAAUUAAAGACCAAAUCAAACAUCAGAUACCUGAAAUGGAUUUCCAGUGGCUUGAAGAAGGAUUUGUCCAAAGGGACUCUUAGCGGUCUGUACUAUUUAGAUGAAGAAACUGGAUGUGCUGUUGACCAUAUUUAACUCGGGCUAUGCACAUAAGGCAAUAUUUAGUGUGAAGUGAUGUCAUACUUAUACACAGAACUGUUUUAAGUCCAUUUUUAGUUAGUAUCUUGUAUAUUAGUGAUAUGUAUGUUUUAACACCUAACAUUUCAUCUUUAUGAAUUUAUCUAAUAGUAAUGUAGAAUGUGUUACUGUAAAUAGCACCGAAGUCAGCACCGUGCCAGUGCUCCUAGCUGCUUCACUAAGCAUUCCCACAGUGAAGAAUUUACGAUAUAAGAAAGUAAAGGGGGGAGAUUUAUCCCUCAUUCUCUAGGUAGAGAAUUAAGGCACAAAGAGAUAAGAGAUUAGCCAAGGGUCAUGCAAAGCCUACUGCAAAACUGAUAACUCAAGUCUCCCAAGUCAGGCCUUAAGGUCAAGCCCAUCCUGCCGUUUAAUGAGCUGUUACUGCAAAGCCUAUCAUUUGUGUCCUUAAACAGGACUGUCAAACCAAGCAGCUAAAACAUUUUUGUAAACUCAGUAAUAUAUAUCUACUUGUUCAGUAGUAGUUUUCCUAAAAUACUCACGACAGCAUUAUAAAUAGAGCAUAAAAAUAGACCAUUGAAAAGAAACCUUUGUCUGAUCACCGCCGGUGCUCUGUAGUACACUAUUCCUGCAAUUAAAAUGAAUGGAAUACUAGGAACGUGGCACUACAAUGAAUAAGAACUUAGAAGAACAAGCUGUUCUCCUCUGCACCAGAGGUCAAGAAAAGCUUAGCUUUUAUUUCACUUUUUAUUUUUAAAAAUAAGCUUUCGAUGGCUUCUUUGUUUUUUAAUAUUGGCAGAAGUUACCAGCUACAUAUAAAGCAACACACGGCUGCUCUUUCAUUAAGGGGAACUAAAAGAAAUCAGAAACCAGAUUUUUAAGACACCGCACUAGUUUUAUGUAUUCAAAGUCUCAUAAAUGGAGGAAAUUGGAUGAGCAAAGAUUAGCAGUGUAACUAUUUAAAUUCAGUGUAAGAAUUCUGUUUCAUAAAGCAUAGCUGCUAAUAAGUGAAGUAUCAGUAAUCAUUAAGACUGGACAGUUGAAACUUCCUAAUCAACGUCCACUUGUAACCCCUUCUCUCUAAGAAUUUGAAACCCAAGUUAGAAUUGUACUGGAAAAAUAUGACAAGAGUUUCAAAUUUCUCUAUAUAGAAAACACACAGGAAAGCUUAGCAUGACUUCAUUUUGGACUUCUGAAAAGAUGGACAGGGCCAUCUAAACAGUCAAACUUGCCUAUACCAACAAACAGCCACAAAGGCAAAUCCUUGGAGUUAGUUUUCACAAUUAGAAACAUGCUGCCGUUAAAAUCAGGUGGUUUUGUUUUUUUGUUUUUGUUUUUAAUUUAUCUUAGCUGCCUUAUAUGUCUAAAGCAGAGAUUAUAGCAAAGAAAACUCAAGAGCAACUAUUUAAUGGUUAUCUUAAUAACAAGUAUAUAGAUUUAAUACUAGAGCGCUAUAUAUGCAUGUUCUUUUAUGAAUAUAAAAAGAAAUACAACACUCGCCAAAGUGUCCUAGGCAGCCCAUCAUCAGUCUCUACAAAAUUAAUAUAAAUGUCAGUUCUUUUUAGGGAUGCUGGUAACAAAUUUUCUUUGAGAAAGACGUGGAUGGCAAUAUUUGAUAGAUAUGUUUAUAUGCUUGCUGAUUGUAUAUUUUUGUAAAAAGUAUGCACUUCAAAUAGCAAUGCUUCAUGUUAAAUAAUCUUCGUACACUGUUCAGAAAUGCUAUUCUUCAGAUGUCAAAGGUGAUGCACCUAAAGAAAAUAGAUUUUUUUUUUCUACUUUUACUGUAAAUUGACAUGGGAUCCAUGUGUAAAACCUUUUCUUACUGGAUUUCUUACAAAUAAAAAAGCUAAAUUCUGGUAAAA